GUGGCUGUGCCACAUCACAGUUGUCUAAUCCACUCGUCUUCGCCAUGCAGGUGUUCUCGCCCUUGAUCAUCUGCGUCAUGCUCCCUGGUGUCUUUUGCGCUCCCUGGGCGACCGCGAUAGAGCGUGCGCCCUUGCGCGGCGCGGCCGACGGAGGGACAUUGUGCGCAGCAACCACCAACGCCCCCUUUUCCGCUCUGCCGACUCAGGACAACUUGACCCUCAGCGCAGACUGGAAGGCCCCAUCGUCAGCGACCACACUCAACGUGUCAACUAUAAAUGAGCAGCGACCAUCCGCCGCAACCUGUGAGCUCGGUGGCUGUGCCACAUCACAGUUGUCUAAUCCACUCGUCUUCGCCAUGCAGGUUGGUAACCAUUGGACUCUAUUUACAAAAAAAAACCAGCAACUACUUUUUGGUACAGCUUCCGAGCCCCCAGUGUUGCCUUGCUACCUGUAUCGAGUGCUUUCAUGUUGUUCGGUCCCUAUUACUGAUGUGCGGUGAUAUUGAGAGCAACCCUGGCCCCGACAAGCUAGAUGUAAUCCUUGGCGAACUAAAAAAGACGUCUGCUGGCCAGACUGAAUUGGUAAAUGAAGUGCAAGAGCUUAAGGGUCAACUGCUUUCAAUGGACCAGAAAAUGACGAGCCUGACUACGCGUCUCAGCGCCUUAGAAACUCACUGCGAAAGUCUGUCUACCCUCCGCAGUGAACUAGAGACGAUUCAAACUACUUCAGCUACAACGACUCGUUUAAUUAGUGUGCUAGAGGCGCGUCUAGAUGACGCAGAAAAUCGGUCUCGGCGAAACAACUUACUUUUCUAUGGUUUACCCGAUACUAACCCCACUGAAACGUAUUCGCAAACAGAAGACUUAAUCAUUCGCCACUGCUCUGACCACCUUGACACCCAGUUAAGCUCUAACGACAUUGAACGCGCCCAUCGCCUCGGGCGACACUCUAAGGACAGGAAACGCCCGAUUAUCGUUAAGUUUACAUGCUUUAAAACUAAAGAAUCAAUUCUUUCUAAAGGUCCAAAAUUCAAAGGUACCGACUACAGCGUCGGUGAAGACUUUUCGCGCCGCGUUCAAAACUGCCGGAAACAACUUGUCGCGUUUGCGAGGGCGAAGUCUGUGCCUUUUUCCCUGAGAUUUAAAACUUUGCAUAUUGGCCCAAAACGUUACGUCUUUGAUGAAAUUGCAGCAUGUGUAAAAGAAAUAUCUUAACAAUCAACUCAUCCUUGCCGUUCAUCGCGCUAUCCCC